UCAGUCGUUUAGUUGGUCACCGCAGUGCUUGCAUAUCGGUAAAGCAUAAACAAAAUGUGGAAAAUAAAUAAAUAUGGCAAGAAGAUAGUACUGUUUACGUUAGUGAUAAUGAACUUUGUUGACCAGCCGGCACCAGAAGUGAUAAUAGUGCAAGGGAUUCUGAGUGGUAAAAUAAGUACAGAUGGAACUACUUUCGAAUACGUUGGUAUUCCUUAUGCGACGACAAAUAGCAGCACGAGGUUUCAAGCACCUGGUCCACCGCCAUCAUGGGAAGGAGUUUACAGAGCAGUCGAUGAAAUAUAUGGAUGUCCGCAAAACACAUUCUUCGGAGUUAUAGGCUCGGAAGAUUGUUUGAAAAUAAACGUGUACGUACCCGCGAUACCAAAAUCAAAACCACAUGCCGUUAUGGCUUAUAUUCAUGGAGGUUCAUUUAUUUUAGGAAAUGGAGGUAAGCUUGUCUAUGGCCCAGGUUACCUUGUGAGAAAAGACGUCAUCGUAGUAACAUUUAAUUAUAGACUCGGACCUCUUGGUUUCCUCUGCCUAAGAAUAAAAGAAGCACCAGGCAAUGCUGGAUUAAAAGAUCAAAUAGCGGCAUUGAAAUGGAUUCAGAAAAAUAUUGCUGCAUUUGGAGGCGAUCCUGAUAACGUAACAGUGUUUGGUGAAAGUGCCGGAGCUACAUCAGUUUCGCUGCUAUUAGCUAGCGAAGCUUCCACUGGAUUAUUUAAAAGAGCAAUAGUUCAGAGCGGCUCUUCGUUAUCUAAUUGGGCGAUAAACAGAAAACCGGAACUUGUUGCUAGUCAUGUUGUUAAAUCUUUUGGAUACAACACUGAAGAUCCGAAAGAAUUAUAUGAAAUAUUUUCUAAGAUGAAUUACAAAAAAAUAACAUCGAUUAAUGCAAAAAAGCCACUAGAUUUAUUUUUUAAAACACAAAUUCUUCUUUUGCCAUGUGUUGAAUCUAAUAUCCCAGGAAUAGAACCUAUCUUAACCGAUUUACCUUACAACAUUAUUUCUCAAAAGCCUAAGAAUGUUGAUGUAGUAUACGGAAUUACAAGUAACGAAGGCUUAAUAGUAACAGCUGAAGAAAACGAAAAGUCAAUACGGGAGAGGAAUGUGCGUUAUUUGUUGGGUUCUGAUCUUAAUUUUCCAACAGAAAAUGAAGCUAGAGAAAUAGCAAAUAAAAUACAUGAAUUUUACUUUGGAAAAGACGAAAUAUCAUUAGACAAGGUUGUGAACAUAACAAAUUUGUAUUCACACUUAUAUUUUGAGAUGCCAACAAUUUUCGAAGCGCAACAAUUUGUUAAAAAUAGUGAAUCUAAAGUCUAUACCUACGUUUUCGAUUAUUCUGGUAGCAGAAAUGUUUUGAAAUUUCAUAGUACUUAUUGGAACGAAAAUGGGGCGAGUCAUGGCGAUGAUUUAUUUUACAUAUUCAACGGGAAUCUGUGCCCGUUUACAUUCAAUAGCAGAGAUAAAAUAAUUAUAGACUACAUGACGAGUUUUUGGACAAACUUCGCCAAAUAUGGAAAUCCCACACCCGAUAAGAGCAACUUGCCAAUCAAAUGGCAUCCAAAUAGAAAUGGUAAUUUAAAUUUCUUAUACAUUAAUAGUAAAUUAAGAAUGGAUUCGAUGCCUAGUCCUGAGGCUUAUUGGUUAUGGAAGGAAAUAUACGAUAAAUAUCGCAAUUUUGAAAUUUAAA